AUGAGAUCGAAAUUGCAGUGUGUCGAAGAAUAUUCGGAUUUGAAGCUAUCAGUUCUCAAAAGAAACGACGAUUUUGAGCCGAGUGAAUUCAUCCCGAACGGUAAACAUCGUUCGUCAAUUUCUGAGCGCGAUAUUGUUUUUACUGUUGGCGAUAUUCAAAAGCGAGUCUUUGAUAAACUUCGUGCUGUUGUAACAAUGCCAUCUGGAAAGAAGGAUAGUGCCAUCAUAAAGGAUAAUCAUGAUGGGACUGUUUCAGUUGUUUAUCAGCCGACGAAUAUAGGUCAUCAUCUUUUAUCGGUUCAGUAUGAUGGUGUAAAUAUGAUUGGCAGCCCCAUGUCUUUCUUUGUCGAUGAUAUUCAUGAAGGUCUCAUAACUGUUUAUGGGCCUGGUUUAUCCAAGGCAGUGGUUGGUGAACCAGCAGCCUUUACAGUAUGUGCUAGGGGACCAGUUGCGAAAGAACUGUCAGUAUCUGUUGAAGGUCGUGGAAAAGCUACUAUAAAGUGCCAUGAUAACAAGGAUGGCACGUGCUCGGUUGCAUGGGUUCCUCCCGUACCUGGUGAAUAUAAAAUCCAUGUUAAAAUUGGAGGGAAACCGGUGAAAGGCUCACCAUUUUCCGUAUUUGUUGCUGGUGAAGGGCAAAAGAGAGCUCACCUUUCUGUUGGAUCCACAUCUGAGGUAUCUCUUAAUGUGGCAGCUGAUGAACUGAAGGGCUUAUCAGCUUCAAUCAAAAGCCCUUCUGGCAUAGAAGAACCAUGUUUCAUUCGGUUGAUCGAUCAUUCUCAUAUUGGAGUCUCAUUUACACCAAGGGAAGCAGGCGAGCAUUUCAUCACUGUGAAAAGAGAUGGCAAUAUCAUCCCAAAAUCUCCGUUCAGAAUUAAAGUUGAUAAAAGCCAGGUUGGUGAUGCAUCUAAGGUUAUAGUCUCUGGCGAAGGUAGAGCUCAAGCAAUUUGUCAAAAGUUUAAUGACAUAUUAGUCGACACACGUCAAGCAGGUUAUGGGGGUCUAUCGGUUUCUGUAGAAGGACCUUCGAAAGCUGAAUUAAUUUGUAAAGAAGCUAAAAAUGGUAUUAUUGUCAUAUCGUAUCGUCCAACAGAGCCAGGAAUUUAUAUCGUUUCUAUCAAGUUUGCUGAUUUGCCGGUUAAAGAUAGUCCGUUCACUGUAAGCUGCACCGGAAAAGGUAUUGGGGCAGUUAAGGAAAUAAUCCAGAAAGAAGUCCCGCAGGCUUCGAUAUCGUUGGUUGGUCAAGAUGCUUUUUUGUUUCUGCAGUUGUCUAACACCUCACCUAUGGAGAUAACUGCAAGAAUUACGAAACCGAAUGGUCAAAGCGAAGAUAUAGAAAUGCGCGAUUUGGGUAACAAUUUCUAUCAGCUGAAGUUCAAACCGCAAAUGGAAGGUGCUCAUGCAGUUUCGGUUUAUCAUAGAGAACAACAUGUCGCAGGUAGUCCUUUUCAAUAUACAGUUGGUCACUUCGAAGAUUAUGGUGCUCAUCGAGUGCGCGCGGCUGGUGUCGGACUUUUAAGAGCUGAAACAAAUGUCAAACAGUCUUUUAAUAUUUAUACUAGAGAAGCAGGCAAAGGAGAUUUGGUUGUAUCUGUUGAAGGGCCGUCAAAACCCCUACUUGAAUUUCAUGAUCACAAGGAUGGCGGGUGUCAUGUUGAUUAUAAGGUUAGCAGCCCUGGUGAAUAUCUUAUUUCAAUACUGUUCAACAAGGAACAUAUUCCAGAUUCUCCUUUUAAGGUGGUUUUCGUGGCUCCAGCAACUGGAGAAGCUCGACGACUCGAAUUAGCAUCAUUUCCUGAUUCUGGAAUGCCUGAAAAAGCUUGCACGUUCACUGUUUUAACUCAUCGUGCUGCUGGUCAUUUGGAAGCUAAAGUUCAAACUCCUAGUAAUAAUAUUGAAACCAUAGACAUAGUACCGAUUGAUGAAGGAGAAUCAUAUGCACUUCGUUUUAUCCCACAUGAAGUGCGAUCUGGUAAUUAUUACAUCGAUGUGACAUUGGAUGGUGCUCCAAUGCGUGAUUCCCCAUUUCGUUUGCGUAUUGGUGCUAAAGGUGAUAGUGACCCAACUGCAAUAACAGUAUGUGGUGAUGGUAUUCGAUCUGGUCAAACAGGACAAAAAUGUGAAUUUAUCGUUAAUACUAUAAAUGCUGGUUCUGGUUUACUACAAGUUCAAGUCGAUGGGCCAUCGAAAGUUACUCUGGAUGCUUAUGAACUUGAACAUGGAUAUAAAGUUCGAUACAUGGCACUAGCUCCGGGAACGUAUUAUGCAGCAAUUAAAUAUUCUGGUGUUCAUAUUCCGGGAUCACCAUUUAAAAUCAGUGUUCAAGGGAAUGAACUUGGUGGAACUGGUGAACCCGAGACUUCCCUCAUUAAAAUUGAUGCACCAGCAAAGACGAGUAAAGGUACGGUUAUACAAGCACCAGUUUUUAAAAGUGAUGCAAGCAAAGUUUCCGUAAAAGGCUCCGGCCUUAAUAAAUUUUUCCCUGGGAGGCCAGCUAUAUUUAACAUUGACACCGCUAUGGCUGGAAAUGACUUGCUAUUCGUUGGUGUUGUAACGACGAAAGGACCUUGCGAUGAAGUCUCGGUUAAGCAUCAGGGCCACGGACAAUAUUCAGUGACAUACCGCAUUCAAGAACGGAGCAAGGGUUUCAUUUUUGUUAAGUAUGGAGAUGAGCAAAUUCCUGGUUCUCCGUUCGCCAUAACUUUUUGA